CAGACAUGCCCGCUCUCGGGUGCUUCUCCUCCCUUUUGGAUUGGCGAUGGAUCACAACCGUGCUGGUCUUUGCGGUGACUUACCUGUUGGGUCGCUUCUACUACCGUGUAUCCAAGUACCCGAAGGGACCUUUCCCACUUCCACUCGUGGGUAACCUGCUGGCUUUACGCAACGUGACCGACUUGCACGCAAGGUCAACCGAAUGGUCAAAGACAUACGGCGACGUCUUCACUUUGUGGAUGGCCCACAGGCCGAUGGUGAUGCUGAACAGCUACGCUGUUAUUCGGGAAGCAUUGGUGGAGAGACGGCAUGAUUUCGCCGGCCGCUUUCCAACUAGAACAGGGGCCAUACAAAACCAAGGCAACCACGAUAUACUAUUCGAGGAUUACAACCCCCGUUUUAAGGCUCUUCGGAAAGUGGCAUUGUCAGCUGUGAGGCAAUACGCUGCCAGCGAGUCCUUGGAAAAGCUCUGCACCGAUAUCGUUGACGCUUUUGCGAAUUCCUUGAAAGAGGGACCACAGGUCAUGGACUUGAGGAAACCUAUCUUCUCUAUCCUCUGCAAGGUCAUAGGGGUAUCCAUAUACGGCACAAGGCUGCAUGAGCAAAAAGACGAUAUCGAACGCCUGGAAAACAUCAACCGCCGGUUCUACGAAAUCUCACCCAAUGGCCUGCCAAGCGACAUCGCUCCCUUCCUGGCCGUUCUGUAUCUCGAGAAACAAAAAAGGAUGGCAGCUGUGUUUCGAGAUCUCUCGGAGAUCCUUCACGGGCUGUUCUCGAAAGCCGAGGCGUCCUACGUUUCAGGUAAGACGGAGAACUUCACGCACGCCAUGCUGGCCGCCCGAGACGAAGCCAUCAAGGAGGAUAAAACUGAUGCGCAGUACCUGACCAAAGCCAACAUGAUUCUCGUUACAAUGAACCUCUUCAAUGCUGGAUCCGACACAUCGACAGGCACAAUUCAGUGGCUUCUGCUACGCAUGGCAAAAGAACCAAGCGUUCAAACUAGGAUCCAAAAAGAAAUAGAAGACAACAUCGGGAGCAUGCCACCCGUGUACGAAGACCGUGAGAAGCUUCCUUUCACCGUGGCUUGCCUGCUAGAGACGCUGAGGAUGCACCCCGCGGCGCCUCUUGGAAUACCUCAUAACACAACGACGGACACUCGAGUCGGCAAGUGGAACAUACCCAAGGACACGGGCAUGUUGUACAACAUCCACGCGGUGCAUCAUGACCCGAAGAACUGGGAAAAUCCCGAGGAGUUCCGUCCCGAGCGGUUCUUCAAUCCCGUGACUGGGAAAGUGUGUACGGACGUCGGUCCUCUGAUCACCUUCGGCCAGGGAGCCCGCAGCUGCCCAGGAGAGAAGCUGGCUCAGAUGGACAUGUUUUACAUUCUCGUACGACUCAUGCAGAGGCUCACAGUCAGUGCCCCUAGCGUGGCCUCCGAUGUACGCUUUAACGGGAAUGGUUCGAGCUUGUUUUUGCACCCUGCUCGGCAAAAUAUUGUAUUCACCAGAAGAAGCUGGCUACGUGAAACCUGUUACUAGAACCGCAGCCGCUCA